GAUGACUACACCAGUCGCUUACAGAGUGGAUACGCGGCCGCCAAACAAGUCAUACGUAAGGCUUAUAGUUAUCUCAAAUCCAAGGACUCGGAGAAAAAGGUGGUCUUAAACGACGUUUACUGCGAUUUUCUCAAUAUAACUGACUGUACGCUAACGGAAACCGCGGAUCGGGUGGCCAUCACUGCCUAUAACCCGAUCGCCCGACCCGUCACUCAGUACUUACGAGUGCCCGUCACUGACGGCGUGUAUCGUGUGUUUGACUCGACCGGCGCUGAAGUGUCGGCCAAAUCACUGCUCCCGGUGUCCGAAGCGGUCAGACUAUUGCCCGAACGUAAGGGUAGUCUCGGAACACAUGAGUUGGUGUUUAACGCAAAGCUACCGGCGCUCGGAUUCACCACUUAUUUUGUUGAGAAACAUAAAGCGAUAGAAAAAGACCCGUUGAUGGAUGUGCUGAGCGGUGAGCGCACGGCCGCCACCAUUGAAAUGAAGGGCAAAUCAUUUACACUACAAGUGGACGAGACUACCGGUGCUCUCGAGUCCAUUACAAUCAACGGGAAAAAACACCGAUUGAAUCAGUCGUUCAAAUGGUAUAAAUCAGUUCAAUCACAACCGGGUCUCGAAGACUCGGGUAGUUAUCAGUUCUGUCCGGACGGUAAGGCCCGGAACUAUGGGCAACAAAAGCUGGUCUCCAGGCAUACGUCGGGUGCCGUACAUGAGCUGAACCAACAGUUCACUGAUUUUAUUCACCAAACGGUGCGCACGUAUGAGGACGAGGACUAUAUUGAGUUUGACUGGACUGUCGGUGCGAUACCAAUGAACGACAAGAUUGGCAAAGAGAUUAUCACCCGAUUUGAGUCCGACUUCCAGACCGAUGGCGUGUAUUAUACCGACUCUAAUGGCCGCCAGACUAUUCGCCGCAAAUAUAACCCCAACGCCAGGGGCUGUAGAGAUAACGUGAUUACUGCCAAUUGGUUCCCUAUUUAUAGUCACGUGUCCAUUAGAGACGAGAAUCAAGGUUUGCAAAUGACCGUGCUGAACGAUCGGACACAGGGAGGCUCAUCACUAAUGAACGGUGAACUCGAGCUUAUGGUUCACCGGCGACUUGAAAAUAAGGGCCAGGGUGGUGACUUUAAAAUAGACGAACCUGGUGUUGACGGUAAGGGACUGGAAGUGCGGGGCCGACACUACUUGUACUUCAAUACGAUCGCCGACUCACCAAAACUCAUGCGAAGUCUAUCGCAGAGUCUAUUUAUGGCACCGAUUGUGUCGUUUGACAAGUACUCGACUAUCGCUGACUAUUCGCAGAAAUACGUGACCAGUCUGUCGGCUGUUGGCGACGCUCUGCCCGAAAACGUGCAUUUGUUAACAUUGGAAAAGUGGUCCGAACGGGAAGUGUUGGUCCGUUUUGAGCACAUGUAUGAGUCGGCCGAUAAGGGAGAGCUCGCAAAACCCGUUGACAUUAAUUUGCAAAAAGUAUUGAAAACAUUAAACAUUGAAAAAGUGGUUGAAAUGAAUUUAGCGGCCAAUGAGUUGCUAUCGGAGACGAAGCGAAUGGAGUGGCGCUCAAAACACUCGACACAAUCGUUUGAUAUCAGCGCCGGUGCUAACGAUGACAACGAUAUGACCGUUAGGUUAACUCCGCAACAGAUCCGCACAUUUAUCCUAACAAUUAAUCCCAAUUAUCAUAAAGAAGCCAAAUGUACGCACAGUUGGGUUAAGGCGAGUCAGUCGACAAUACCUGCUAACGCAUAUAUUGCGGGUUCUGAUACCGACAAAACACCCCUAACUAUAUGUCGACACAAACACAACGACGAUGUGAUCGCAGGCAGAGCUGACAAAGUGAUCGGUUGUGUCCUCACGUUUGGCGGCCGAGAGGUGACCAUCAAAGGCACCGAAGAGUUCGAGGUAUUAGUCGCCGACAAUGUCGAGUGGGUUCCCCGACACGGGGAGGACCCGGUCCCGGCCGGUGCUGUUGUGGUCGGCAAUAAGGGUCACCCGAAUACAGAUACUUAUGUCGGACGUUGCGGUACACACGGGGCUGAACUCGUGGGCAAAAUUGAUUAUAAAUUUUAUUACGGUUAUCAUGGUGCUGAGAUUGCCGAUUGUAUUAACCACGAGGUUUUGGUUUGCAAUUAAUUAUUGUAUUAAAUUUAAAAUUUAAUAAAUAAAUAAUGUUGUUUGAGAA